AUGGAGAAAGUUCCUUCUCGCACAUCAACCGACCCGGAAAAGAAUGUGGACUCCUCCGGCGUCAGUGUUUCCAGUGCUGACCAGACGGUGAACAACCCUGCGCUCGAGGCAAAGGACCGUACCAACAUUGGCAACGCCAAGGUUGCUGGGUUGACCAAGGACCUCAAAAUGACGCCCAAACAGUAUUCCAUCGCGCUCACAGUCACCUACGUUCCAUAUAUCGCCGCCGAGUUACCGUCAAAUCUUCUGUUGAAGAAAAUUGGCCCCAACCUAAUGCUUCCGACGAUGAUCACCCUCUGGGGUAUCGUAACUGCUUGCCAAGGGACAGUAAAGAGUUAUGGUGGUCUUCUUGCAUGUCGCUUCUUCCUUGGUCUCUUGGAGGGUGGUGUUUUCCCGGGCCUGGUCCUCUAUCUGUCCUUCUUCUACCCCCGCAUGAGACUGCAAACCAGAAUCGCUGCUUUCUUCUCAGCUGCAUCAAUAUCCGGCGCCUUCGGUGGUAUCCUGGCCUAUGGCAUUAUCCACCUGAACGGGAAGGCUGGUCACACUGGUUGGCAAUGGAUCUUUAUUAUCGAGGGUGCCAUUACAUCCUUCAUCGGUCUUGUGUCAUACGGUUUCAUGCCUGCGUCUCCCGACCAUGCUCGUUUCCUGAAUGCGGAAGAGAAAGCCUAUGUGAAGGCCAAACUGGAAGAGGAUGGUGCGAUCAACGACGCCGACUCUCAUUUCAGCUGGGGCGAGGUGAUCAAGGGUUUCACCUCGAUCCACGUUCUUCUCGUCGGUGUCAACUUCUUUUUCAGCGGUGUUGUCCUUUACUCGCUGGCUUACUUCGUGCCCCCGCUCAUUCAAUCUCUCGGCUAUACUGCUGCCAGGGCACAGCUGAUGAGCGUCCCACCGUUUUCGGUGGCAUUCGUCUUGACCAUGAUUUCCGCCUACAUCUCUGACCGUUAUCAGAGUCGUGGAUGGAUAACAGUAUUCUGCGCUGUGCUUUGCGUUGCUGGCUUUGGCACAUGGCUUGGCUCGACUGACCAUCAUGUCCAAUACGGCUCGCUUUUCCUUUCCGUGCCGGGUGUUUACCUUGGUGCACCCGCGCUGUCGACGUGGAACGCAAACAAUUCAGCGCCCCACACUCGUCGCGCCGCGGCCAUCGCGUUUGGUUUCAUUAUGACCAACGCAGGAGGCAUUCUUGCAACGUGGUUGUUGGGCUCCCUUUCCGCACCACCGCGAUAUAUCAAGGCCACCCAGAUUCUGCUCGCCUUCUCUGUCCUCAUUGGCGCAUUUGCCAUCUUCAACAUCAUCUAUUUGUCCCACCAGAACAAGCUCAAGGCGGAGAAGCGCAAGACGAUGUCCAAGUCUGAGGAGGAGCCAGGGCUUGGAGACAAGAGCGCCUGGUUUGUGUAUAGCUUAUAA